GUGGAUUCAGAUACUGUUUUUCUCCCGAAAUAGGAAGUUCGCUUAUUUUUUUCCUCCUUGACAGCAUCUUAAUUUAAAACAUGACAAUUGACCUACGGCUCUGCAGGGAGCGGUUAAGACGUUGAGAGGCCCGUCAAACUCUUCAUGGUGUUUAGGCGCUCCUCCUCCGGGCGGUGUGUUGGGAGGGCCCAGGUCAAGGCGCGCGUGGGCGGAAACGGCGGCGGCGGCGGCGGCGAAGGCGGCGGCUGUCAGAGCUGGAGGGCCGGGCACCGCGGCCAUGGAGGGUCAACGCUGGCUGCCGCUGGAGGCCAAUCCCGAGGUGGGCGCGCUUCGGGGCAGCCCUGGGCCGUGGGCAGGUGCAGAGGGAGCCGGCUUGCUGCCGUGAGUCCACGGUGGUUUGUCUCUAAAGCGUGUUCUCUGUUUCGUUUUCAGGUCACCAACCAGUUUCUCAAACAAUUAGGUCUACAUCCUAACUGGCAAUUCGUUGAUGUAUAUGGAAUGGAUCCUGAACUCCUUAGCAUGGUACCGAGACCAGUCUGCGCAGUCUUACUUCUCUUUCCUAUUACAGAAAAGUAUGAAGUAUUCAGAACAGAAGAGGAAGAAAAAAUAAAAUCUCAGGGACAAGAUGUUACAUCAUCAGUAUAUUUCAUGAAGCAAACAAUCAGCAAUGCCUGUGGAACAAUUGGACUGAUUCAUGCUAUUGCAAACAAUAAAGACAAGAUGCACUUUGAAUCUGGAUCAACCUUGAAAAAAUUCCUGGAGGAAUCUGUGUCAAUGAGCCCCGAAGAACGAGCCAGAUACCUGGAGAACUAUGAUGCCAUCCGAGUUACUCAUGAGACCAGUGCCCAUGAAGGUCAGACUGAGGCACCAAGUAUAGAUGAGAAAGUAGAUCUUCAUUUUAUUGCAUUAGUUCAUGUAGAUGGGCAUCUCUAUGAAUUAGAUGGGCGGAAACCAUUUCCAAUUAACCAUGGUGAAACUAGUGAUGAAACUUUAUUAGAGGAUGCCAUAGAAGUUUGCAAGAAGUUUAUGGAGCGUGACCCUGAUGAACUAAGAUUUAAUGCGAUUGCUCUUUCUGCAGCAUAGCUUGUCAAUAAUGGAAACACCAAAAACUGUAUUAUUUGCAACUAAAUUUUCUCUGCCAUACACUAACUCAAAAAUUUUGAUAUUUUCAUUAACUUGAUGAUUAAACUUUAUGUGAGUUAAACUUUGCCUUAACCUGUGUUUUAUGUUAUUUUUGCUCCAGGUUAAAGGUGCAAUGCUUUCCUCCUCUUUUUCUUGUGAAGGAUUUAUCUUGUUUGAAAACUAGCAAUAGCUUUCUUAUCCUUUUUAGAUUUUACAGGAAAUUUUGUAUUGGGAUACUAGGCACAAUUUCCAUCUGCAUAACAUGAAUAUAUAUUAUCUAUGUUAACAUGUUUAUUUAGAAAACAUUUGUGAAGCAUCUACUUGUAAUGAGAUGGAUGCCAUUCUGGGUUCAGAAGUUAAAGCAUUGAACACUGUUGAAAAAUGUAAUAGUCAUGGAGCUUAUGUUAUUGUGAGAAGAGAUAAAUAACAAACACAUCAAGAUAAAUACCAACAAUAGAUGCUGUGUGGAGAAUUAAAAUAGGAUUUGUGUUAGGGAGUGACCGAGCAGCUACUUUAGAUUUUGUUGUCAGGGAGGCUUCUGUGAGGAGGUGACUUUAAAGUUGAGAUCUGAAUGACUAAAAGUAGCCUGUCAUAAAUGUGGUGGGGAAGAGCAGAAGAAGUAAUUAAUGUGGAGUCCCUAAAGUAGGAAUAUCUUGCUGUAUUGUAGGACCAGGAAGGAGGUUCAAGUGGCCAGAGCAUAGAAAGUAAUAGGGAAAGUAGCAAGAGAUGAGGUCAGAAAAGUAGGGGCUUUUUGAUAUAGGAAAAGGCAUUUGGAUUCAUUGCAAAUGUGAUGGUAAGCCAUUGGAGAAUUUUAAGGACAGGAACUUGCUUUGAUUUAUAAUAUUAAAAGGUCACUCUGACAACUCUAUGGAUAAUAUAUUGAGGAAGGGAGCAAGAAUAGAGGUAGAAAAACCUGUGAGGUGCCCACUGUAGUUGUUCAGGGGGAUGAUGAUGGCUGGGCCUUAAAAAUGGUAGAUUAGAUAGAGGCCAGGUGCAGUGGCUCAUGCCUGUAAUCCCAACAUGUUGAGGCAUGCAGCCAGGAAUUUGAGACCAACCUGGGUAACAAAGCGAGACCCCCAUCUCUACAAAAAAAAAAAAAAGUUAGCCGGACACGAUGGCAUAUGUCUGUAGUGCUAGCUACUCAGGAGGCUGAGGCGGGAAGGAUUACUUGAGCCCAGGACUUUGAGGCUGCAGUGAGCCAUGAUUAUAUCACUGCACUCUAGACUGGGUGAUGGAGGGAGACCCUGUCUCAAAAAUAAUAAAUAAAUUUAGAUGGUGGUACAUGAGUGAAUUUUGGUUGUGCUUUGAAGAAGGAAGGGCUUCAGUUGAGUCUUUAAGUAUAGGUGGAAAGGCAGUAGAAAAGUGAAAGGGCAUUUAUAGAGUUGGGCCAAAACACAGAGUUGAUGUGAUGACAGUGUUCUAUAUCUUUUUGGGAGAGGAAUAGCCAUUACGUGGGUAUAUACAUUUAUAAAAACUCAUUGACUUGUACAUUAAAAAUCUGUACUUCACUGUAUAUGCAUCUCACCUAAAGUAGGGGGAGGUAGUAGUUGGUUACUUGGAAUAUGCAUUUAUCAUAACUCUGAAUUGUACAUUUAAAAUCUGUACUUUACAUACAUUUUAUCUUUAAAAAAAUAAAAAACAACCAGGGUUGGGUUGAAAUGAGUAUAAUAGUUAGGAGAAAAACCAGAUUGGUCUAGAAUGAAGUUUUUGACCAGUAAUUGAAUAUAGAUGUUUACCCACAAUUCACUGAGUUAAGAGUAGUAAGGUGUGGCUUUUGGAAUGAAUUAGAUCUUUGUUACUCAAAUGUGGUUGCAUCAGUACUACCUGGGAGCUUCUUAGAAAUGGGAAAUUUCAGACCCCACCCCCAAAACCUUUUAACAAGAUCCCUGCUUAUUCAUAAGCAAUAAAUUAAGCUGGAAGCACUAGAUUAGAUUAGUUAAACAUUUUUAACAAGAUCCCUUCUUAUUCAUAAGCAAUAAAUUAAGUUUGGGAAGCACUAGAUUAGAAAAAUAGACUAUAACGAGGAAAAUAACUUCAGAAGAUAUUUAAGCUUACCAUUAUUCUACAGUGAAAAGGGCAUGGGUGAAAUGUUGGCAAUAGGGAUGAAAAAAUAAUCUGAAACAAUUUGAUAGACUGUAUAUGCAGAUGAUGCUUACCAUACCAAUAAUAACGACCCAUGUAUUCUAUUCUUGUUACAUUAUCUUUUGUGUGUUAUCUUAAAUAUUUUAAACAUUGCUAAGCAGUUUUCUGCCUGUUGCCGUGCUGGAUUUCUCUUAAUUAUAUGAUUUCUUAAUAGAUCCUAAAUCAAUGGCACAUUACCUAGAAUUUACAUAGUUUCUCAAAAUAUGCUAUGAGAAACACUAACUUUGCAGAACUCUUAAUGGGUAAGAAAGAUUUGAAGUCAAGUAUCUUGAAAAUAUUGGCUUAAACAAUUUUUUUGAAAGUUACAGGUAUAUUUGGAGGGGGGCAAUUAUAGAAUGCCUCAGUUUUUAAAAAAAAUAUUCCAUGUAUUAUGAACAACAUUUUCUCAGCAUUUUAGGGAGCAGCACUUAGAUCUAGCCGCCUUUGGCACACAAUUUAAGGUGGUAGUCCCUUGUGGAACACACAGCUUGAAAACUUUUCUUGCUUCUCUCUUAGGUUUAUAUGUAAACUUUUAGUUCUCAACUCUAUUCCCUACAAUACUUUGUUUAGUCACUUUCUUAAAACUUGGCACUUGUAGAAAAGAUGAAUAGUUUACUUUGUGUGAAAACUCGUGGAGACACUAAGGUUGAUAAGUUGUGGGUUAUUUCUGUAUACUGCUGUUAAUGACCAUGAUAGCGGGGAAAAUAGAACUAAAAUGAGAACUAGAACUAAAUAUUUUUGCUUGGUGGACUUUUGGGAACAUCAUCUUUCACUGGGUAUAAUGGUUUGCUUUAAAUUAUUGAAACAGAUGAGCUUUUAUGAGCCCCAUAAUACUUAACCCGAAUAUUUUCAAUGUUCAUUUGUGAGUAAAGCAGAAGUGACCUGUAUUCUAUGGCAAGUUGAAGUUUAAGCUAUCUUAAAUGAAAACUAUCUUUGAUUCCUUAUAAAAAAUAUUUGAACGAAUCUGAUUUAAAUUUAUUUUAUUCCAUCUUUGAUUUGUGUGCAAGCCUUAUUUGGUAAGCUUUAUCACUGGGCUGUGUAUAACAUACAACCUGCUUAUUUAAUGAAACUAAUAGAGCUUAAAAGGUAUUUUUAGACAUUAAUGUUUGUCUACUACUGUAUCUUUCAAAAGAAGCAUUAUAGGGCUUAUGAUUCCUCUGUUGGUGCUGGUAAGAAUUGCGAAGAGGCAUAUUUCCAUCACUUUUUUAGAACUUUCCUAUUCAUAGAAAUUUAUUUCUUUUAGGUAAAUCUUAUGUAGGUAUAUAUGUAUAUAUAUGUGUGCAUGUAUAUAUAUGUACACACAUUCACACAUGCAUACCUUGAAAAGACAAAUAACCUUGGUUUAAAUCCUCUAUCUUAUUUAAAUCCAUGACUGAAGUUAAGUAAAACCACUUUGAAAAGUAUGUAAUUGGCUGGGCAUGGUGGCCCAUGCCUGUAGUCACAGCACGCAGGCGGAUUGCUUGAGCCCAGGAGUUCAAGACCAGUCUGGGUAACAUGGCAAGACCUCAUCUCUACUAAAAAUACAAAAAUUAGCUGGGUGUGGUGGUGUGCAUCUGUGGUCCCAGCUACUUGGGAGGUUGAGGUGGAAGGAUUGCUUGAGCCUGGGAGGUGGAGGCUGCAGUGAGCCAAGAUCACACCACUGCACUUCAGCCCCAGUGACAGUAAGACCCUGUCUCAAAAAAAAAACAAAAACAAACUGUAAUCAUUAUAUAAGGUUUUUAGAACUAAUUUAGAGGGAUUUAUAUACACAUACAUAAAGUUUAAUAGUUAAUGUUACCAGAUUCCCUGGUAAGAUCUUAAAAUGAGCUUCCUUGUGUUCUCAACAUUGCUACUAAAAACCAAGUGUGGAAUAUACUCUUCAGAUAGCAGCAAAUGUUUUGUCAUUUCCUUUGCUUCUGUUGAUUUUCAAAAGUUUACAUCCUUAAAGUACAUAAACUAUUGUGUUGUAGAAGAUUCCACAUCAUGAAGGGCAUUAAUUUUCUUGUGCCACUGGUGCCAGUUGAUCAGACCAACCUAACAUGCCUCAGUUUCAUGCAUAUUCUCACUUGUUUUCCUUCUGAAUAAAAGUUAUUCUAAAUCUUU